AUGCAGAUCUUCGUGAAGACGCUCACGGGUAAGACCAUCACGCUGGAGGUGGAGCCCUCCGACACCAUCGAGAACGUGAAGGCCAAGCUUCAGGACAAGGAGGGCAUCCCGCCGGACCAGCAGCGCCUGAUCUUCGCCGGCAAGCAGCUGGAGGACGGCCGCACGCUGGCGGACUACAACAUCCAAAAGGAGUCCACCCUCCACCUGGUACUGCGCCUGCGGGGUGGCAAGCCCGUGCGGGUGAGUGGCUUCUUUACCAGGUCCGCCGGCCGCCAGCUCGCGGCAUCUGCGCGUGGGUUGGGGCAGGCAGAAGGGGGCGCGCCGGGGGUGGCUGGGCGGGGAGAGUCUGACGGGGGGCUGGAAUUUGCGGGGGGAAGGCGGGGGUUGGCAGAGAUUCUUGCACCGGGCGUGGCCCGCCUCCGAUCAAGUGUCGAGGAUCGGGAUCGAUCCAAGCGGGUGACGGACGGGUGCGCGUUGCUGUGCAACCCCUUUUCCGGGUGA